GAUGUCACAGCAGCAGCGUUAUACUACCACAUCCUCAUCGAUUUUAUCCUCAAGUCCAUCAAAGCAAUUAACAGUAAUUGAUGUUUACGAUUUGGCUGAGUCGAUAAAUAGAGAUUUUGAAAUUUUGGUUGAAAAAUAUGGAAAUGAUUCUUUUGAGUCAAUUGUUGGAAAGGUAAUAUCAGCCUUAGAAACUCUGGAGGCUUUAGCUAAAUACAAUGAUAAAGACAAUUGUGAAAUUAUCGAUUUGCAAAAAACUAUACAACGGUUUGAACAAGAAAAACAACAGAGGAUUAAAGAUAAAGAAAUUUUGGAAAGGGAUUUUAUUGAACUAGAAGACAGUUACAAAAAAGAAAUUGAUGAUCUCUGCAAAAUUAUUCAAAAAUUGCAAACCGAAAAUAAAUGUAUGAAAGAACAAUUAUCUUCUGGAGAAAAUGUUAAAAAGGAAGAAGAGAAGACUGAAGAUGUAGUCGAUGAACAACUCCAAACACUUAUUGAACUCCGCAAAAUGACUCACACCCAAAAAGAUCAAAUAAAACAAUUACAAAAAGAUUUGGAUACUUAUUGUUGUGAAGUUGAAAGUUUGAGAGAAAAUAUUGAAAGAUUAAUUAGACAAAAUAAAGAAUUGUUGAGAAAGAAUGGGUCUUUACAGAAACAAGGAAGAAUGCUUUUGUUGGAACGUGCAGAAAUUCUUAAACGAUUACAGGUUUUUUAAAUAAAAUAUUUUUUUGUAAUUUUUUGAGAAGCGGCUGUAGGGCAGGGAUGUCACGGGUUGAGAAAAAUGUCGGGUCGGGUUUCGGGUCGGGUUUCCAAAAUUUUUAUCGGGUCGGGUUGAGAAAAAAGUCGGGUCGGGUUUCGGAUCGGGUUUUCGAAAUUUUCUUCGGAUCGGGUUUCGGAUCGAAAAAAAGUCCGGGUUUCGGGUAACGGGUCGUCGGGUCGGGUUAGUUAAAAUUUGAACAUGAAGCCAAUUUUUUGGAGCUGUUGUGGAUAUCAGAUAUUUAGAGGGUUAAUCCUCCAAUAUCCGUACAACUCCCCGAUAUAUCCCAAAUCCUACUUUAUCCCUCAAAUUCUCCGAUAUUUGGGAUUAAGACGGUUGAUCCUCUUUUGCGUCACAGGCAAAAAAAAGCGGGGCAGGCGAGAAUUUUGAGAAUUUU